UCAUGUUUUAAGUAUUUUAGUAGUUUCACACGGAUUGAAGUUUAAAGUAGGAUUUUCUUGUGUAUAGAACAGUCUGGAAUUUCCUGUAGAAAACACCAGGCUUUCUCAGGAGAACAGUUUCCCCAACUGGUCUGCAUAUUUGAGUAUUUUCCCUGUUUCAACACACAGGAAGGGCUACUCAUUAGCCAAUUAGGAAAACUCUCAUACGUGUAGGACAGGAGGUCCUCAAGGACUGGGUUUGGGAACUUGCUUGAACUCUCUUGGGUCGUGUGCAUGGUAAAGAAAGUCCCAGAGUUCUCCAGGAGAUGGCGCUGUCAACUCUGAACGAGAUGUCAAGCUUUUAGGACGAGCACAAGCCUCUAGCUCACUCCUAUACAGAGGUGACAGCGGCUGAAUCCUAAAUGUCUCCAUGCUGGACAAAUUUAGUGCACUUGAAGCUUAUUAUUAUUAUUAUUAUUAUUUUAAGCUAGGGAGUAGGGAGCCAUUUGAGAGUCAUGUACAGAAGUGACAGCAGGCUAAUCCCAAAAUGUGCAGAAUACAGGACACGCUGUGCACUCUGUAGUGCGGAUAAACCGCUAUCCUAACACUAGGUAGGGCACUUAUAAAGGGACGAGGCAGUCGUUUGGGUUUCAGCCAGCGUCUUUUUACCGCACCGAGAGGACGCUGAAGGAAGACCUUGCGCUUUUGCGUUUUUCCCCCUCUAUCUUUACAUUUUCCUAUUUUUUUUUUUUUUUAAUGAACAGCGACAGAUCCUCAGGUAUAUUUGUCGUACUGGACUCAUAUGAGGAAAACUUCUUCCAAAGCAGAUUUCAAAGCAAAGGAUCUAUAUGUAUAUUUUUUUUGGAUCGAAUCCCAUAGGAGGAGUUGAUUUCCAGUUCAAGUCCACUUAGGCUACAUGUUAGUGUCCUGAAUGACUGUGUGAUGUGUAAACCUUCAAAGCCAUACAGUGACAGAUGGGAGAAAUGAAGGAAGACGUUUCAGCCGGUAAUGAUGAGCAGCUCGUCUUCACACCACUAGGGUUCGAGAGAAGAUGCUGGAUGCUGUAUUAGACCCGGUGGGCUUGUGUAGCUUCUCCACUCGGGGUCGUCACCCACCCGUUUCAUGCAUUCACUCCGACAUCGAGACACAGAGAGGACAUUACGAUAGGAAGUCCUGUGUGGACUCUUAAAGCUGCGGAUUUGGAGGAAAAUGUGUGGUGCUGGAUUCGCCACCAGGACGCUUCUUUACAAUGAUGGGACCGCGCACUCAGCCACAGCCAGAGGCGAGUAUGACUCCACCACAGCGCCCAUCCAACCCUGGUGACAGGCCGCCUGCUGAAACGGUUAAGAAGACCAGCAUUGGAAACACUGGACUGAUUCUGGACAGCUCGGCGCUGAAGAUGGCCGAUGUGGACUCGGAGGUUCCUCCUCUCCCACCGCGCUACCGCUUCAGAGACCUGCUUUUGGGGGAUCAGUCGUUUCAGAAUGACGACAGGGUGCAGGUGGAGUUCUAUGUGAAUGAGAACACAUUUAAAGAGCGGUUGAAGCUCUUCUUCAUCAAAAACCAAAGGUCAAGCCUCAGAAUACGCCUUUUCAACCUCUCGCUGAAGUUGUUAACGUGUCUCCUCUACAUCCUCCGAGUAUCACUGGAUGACCCCACCACCCAAGUCACAUGCGAACGGAAGCACUGCUCCAAUGUCACUGAUGCUCUGUGCAGUAAAAUCUGUUCCAAUCAGACGACAGAUCCCAUCCAGAUCAACUGGGAGUUGAUAUUCUGGGUGACCAGAAGGACUCCUGUAUGGGCUAUACAGGUGACAGUGGCCUUAAUUAGCUUCCUAGAAGCCAUGCUCUUGACAUAUCUCAGUUACAAGGGAAACAUUUUUGAGCAGAUUUUCCAAAUUUCCUUCAUCCUUGAGAUGAUCAAUACAGUGCCAUUCAUAAUUACGAUCUUUUGGCCCUCAUGGAGGAACAUAUUUGUCCCAGUAUUCCUGAACUGCUGGCUUGCCAAGUCGGCACUGGAGAAUAUGAUCAAUGAUCUUCACCGUGCCAUCCAGCGCACACACUCUGCCAUGUUUAACCAGGUGCUCAUCCUCAUCUGCACGCUGCUUUGCCUGGUCUUCACCGGAGCCUGUGGGAUUCAACACCUAGAGCGAGCAGGGAAGAAUCUUUCCCUGUUUGAUUCGCUCUAUUUCUGCAUCGUCACAUUCUCAACUGUGGGCUACGGAGACGUCACACCGAAGAUCUGGCCCUCUCAGCUACUGGUGGUCAUCAUGAUAUGUGUGGCUCUUGUAGUACUGCCAUUACAAUUUGAGGAGCUAGCGUACCUGUGGAUGGAGAGGCAGAAAUCAGGCGGUAACUACAGCAGACAUCGAGCUCAGACUGAAAAACACGUGGUGCUUUGUGUCAGUUCGCUCAAAAUCGACCUCCUCAUGGACUUCCUCAAUGAGUUUUAUGCGCAUCCCAGACUACAGGAUUACUACGUGGUCAUCCUCUGCCCCACAGAGAUAGACAUCCAAGUGAGGCGAGUGCUGCAGAUUCCUCUGUGGUCUCAGAGAGUCAUCUACCUGCAGGGCUCUGCACUGAAGGACCAGGACCUCAUGAGAGCCAAGAUGGAUGAUGCAGAAGCCUGCUUUAUCCUCAGCAGCAGGAAUGAAGUGGACCGCACUGCAGCUGACCAUCAGACUAUCCUAAGAGCCUGGGCAGUGAAGGACUUCGCCCCAAACUGUCCUCUCUACGUACAGAUCCUUAAACCUGAAAAUAAAUUCCAUGUGAAGUUUGCUGAUCAUGUAGUGUGUGAAGAGGAGUUCAAGUAUGCCAUGCUGGCUCUGAACUGUGUGUGUCCAGCCACGUCUACACUGGUUACACUUCUGGUCCAUACUUCACGUGGACAAGAGGGACAGACGUCUCCAGAACAGUGGCAGAGAACAUACGGACGCUGCUCGGGUAAUGAAGUUUACCACAUCCGCCUCAUGGACAGCAAAUUUUUUGGAGAGUACGAUGGGAAAAGUUUUACUUACGCCUCUUUUCAUGCACAUAAAAAAUAUGGAGUUUGCCUAAUUGGCGUAAAGAGAGAAGAGAAUAAAAGCAUCCUGCUCAACCCUGGGCCCCGCCACAUCAUGGCCGCCACAGACACCUGCUACUACAUCAACAUCACCAAAGAGGAGAACUCCGCCUUCAUCUUUAAACAGGAAGAGAAGCACAGCAAGGGCCUGCUAGUCAGCGGUCUGUAUGACGCCCCCUCUCGGCUCCCCGUGCAGAGCAUCAUAGCCAGCAUGGGCACUGUGGCCAUAGACCUGCAGAACCCUGAGCCCGCAGGUGACAGCAGCAAACUGGCACUGCCCACAGAGAACGGAGCAGGCAGCCGGCGGCCCAGCAUCGCCCCUGUACUGGAGCUGGCUGACUCCACUGCCAUCCUGCCCUGUGACCUCCUGAGUGACCCCUCCGAGGACGAGACCAACCAAUCAGACGAGGAAGGAGUGCCUGCCCCAGAAUAUGUCAAAGGAUAUCCUCCAAACUCACCAUACAUCGGGAGUUCACCAACACUAUGCCACCUCCUACAAGAGAAAGCUCCAUUUUGCUGUCUGCGACUAGACAAGGGUUGCCGCCAUAACAGUUUUGAAGACGCCAAGGCAUACGGUUUCAAGAACAAGCUGAUCAUUGUCUCUGCUGAAACGGCUGGAAACGGCUUGUACAAUUUCAUCGUUCCACUGCGUGCUUAUUACAGACCCAGGAAGGAGCUCAACCCCAUCGUGCUGCUAUUAGACAAUCCGCCAGAUAAUCAUUUUCUGGAGGCCAUCUGCUGUUUCCCCAUGGUGUACUUUAUGGCCGGCACCAUAGACAAUUUGGAUAAUCUGCUGCAGUGUGGGAUUAUUUACGCUGAUAACCUAGUAGUGGUGGAUAAGGAAAGCACUAUGAGUGCAGAGGAGGACUACAUGGCUGAUGCUAAAACUAUUGUCAACGUUCAGACCAUGUUUAGGUUGUUUCCAAGUCUCAGUAUUAUCACUGAACUAACUCAUCCCUCUAAUAUGAGGUUCAUGCAGUUUCGAGCCAAAGACUGCUACUCCCUGGCUCUCUCCAAGUUAGAGAAGAUCGAGAGAGAUAAGGGCUCUAAUCUUGCAUUCAUGUUCCGCCUCCCGUUUGCUGCAGGCAGGGUGUUUAGUAUCAGCAUGCUGGAUACACUCCUCUACCAGUCUUUUGUUAAGGACUACAUGAUUCCUAUUGCUAGACUCUUGCUUGGGCUAGACACUACCCCAGGCUCCGGCUACCUCUGUAUGAUGAAGGUAACAGAGGAAGACUUAUGGAUCCGGACAUAUGGAAGGCUUUUUCAGAAGCUCUGUUCCUCCAGCGCUGAAAUCCCCAUCGGCUUGUACCGCACCGAAUCCCACAUGUUCUCAUCAUCAGAGUCUCAGGUGUCUGUAAACGUGGACGAGUGUGAGGACCCACGGGACCGGCGCGAGUCCUGGAAAGAGAAAACAGCCCAUAGGCACUCGACAGGCAGCGACCAAUCAGAACAUCCACUGCUAAGGAAGAAGAGCAUGCAGUGGGCACGGAGGCUAAGCAGGAAGAGCACAAAGCCCCCGAGCCGUGCUGAACGCAUCAACCAACAGCGCCUCAACCUCUACAGACGCUCAGAGAGACAGGAGCUCUCCGAACUGGUGAAGAACCGCAUGAAGCACCUGGGUCUGCCCACCAUCGGCUACGAGGACGUAGCUAAUUUAACUGCGAGUGAUGUGAUGAACCGAGUAAAUCUCGGAUAUUUGCAAGAUGAAAUGAAUGAUCAUCAGAACACACUGUCCUACGUGCUGAUCAACCCUCCUCCAGACACUGUUCUGGAGCUCAAUGAUAUUGUGUAUAUCAUCCGGUCAGACCCGUUGGCCCACGUACCCGACGAGUUGCCCGCGUGCCAGGCAGGCGCCAGGCUGAAGCAGGAAUACGGCACAGAGACACGAGGAGAGACUCAUCUCUGAAAACCAGAGCUCAGCUUGGAGCACUGCAUGAAGAGUGCCUCCUGUUCCUCAUACACACAGUCACAACCCAUGAAGCACGCUGCCUUCCAAGGCUACGGGGGGGAGGGGGCAGGACGGGGUAACUACACCAUCACCAACAACUUCCCCUGCGUUUACUUUUUCUAUGACAGAAGUGGAAUCUGUGUGCACGUUGCAGCACAAUGGCUGCUGCACCUUUCGCAGUUUAGACAAGAUUACAAGACGGGGAGAUUUCAUGUUCUGGACCAAACACUGUUCAAACCCUUUUUUCCCCCCUUCUGGACAGUGUAUGCUAAUAAAGAAGAAUGCAAUAUUUAGCUGAGUGAAAGGAAGAGAAACAGAUCAUGACUGCCAUUUAAUGAGCUGAGAUUUUAAGAAAGACAUUAACAAUCAGUAAAUAUAAAGUGAAACAUUUUUUUUUGUAUAUACAUGUAGGUACAUAUCCUUUUACAUGCUCACUAGACCUUCAGUAUUUCUCAUACGUCAUAUUGUUGCUUUGUCCUUGAAGCACAAAGUAUUUUAGAUUAGAACUACCCAAUCAGUGAAAUCAAUCUUUCACCACAAACUAUUUGAUCAAAACCUAGUGAAUUAUUAUUAUCAAGUAUUGUUUUUUAGUAUGAAAUAUGUUUAUUGAUCCAGUUCGGGUGCUUUAUCACCACUUUAAAAACCUGCAGCAAAAGCAAAAAAAAUUGGACCAGUAAUUUUCUAUCUAAUAUUACAAGCGUUCACAUGCUUCAUGCAUAUUGUGAAUUGUUUUUAAGGGACACCUUGCUAAAAGUGAGAGCCUUCUGUCAUUAUAAUGGGAUAGAAAUAGAAAGUAAAGGGGGUAUUUUUCACUAGCAUGGCUCCCACAGAAGGGCUGCUCAAGAGAAAUGGUUUUACUGAAAAUUCAUCCUACUGCUACACAUCAUAAUGUGUAAACAUUCAGAAUUACACUCUGCAUGUUUGCUAUUUUUCAAUGCCAUUUUGCCUGAAUGUUACCAAUGGAGUAUUUUCCCACUUUGUAUUCAUGCCAGAAGUUAAAAAGUUCUCAUAAAGUUCUCACAUUUUGAUCCAUAUGUUUAUUUGGACACUAUAUUUAUUAUUUAAUGUCAUUUAAAGAUCAUGACUAGACUACUAGAAUCUGCCAGAUAUUUUGCACUAAGCUCUGCUGGUCCGAACGGAGUAGCGUAGUAUAGCAUGACCCUUUAACCCUAAACUACGAGGAAGUGAGGCAGCAGUGCUAUCAUAUGAGACGUUUCCAGUUCUUGUUUUUGCUCUAAAUACAAAAGAAGAUCAUUAUAGCGCAUAUAUAAACAGCUCAUUUCUACAUGUUGCAUGCCAUUUUAAAGCUACAUCGGAACGGUAGUGUAGAACAGUUUCUGAAUUUUUUCAGGGCAAUUUUUGAUAUGUGAAGCCAGAACUGCAAACCUCGAACAUUUCUGUUGGGUUCAAUAGCCACUUCAUGAAGGAUUAUAUUUAUAAUAAAUAUAUUUAUCGAAUAUAGAUGCCUUGCAGCAGUGUAUUUCUGUUGGCCCUUCAUGGUUCUCUCCAGUGACUACUGUAGUUUUUUUUGUAUCGACCUCUAUUGUAGUGCAUCCUGAAGAUCAAAUGGAUAUCUGUCGAGCCAUAUUUCCCAACCUGUUCAUCUCAGGUGACUGAGGAGAAGCAGUCGAGCUAGCAGAAGGGAGAUUGAUUCAAAGCAAAUAGCAGAACUAUCACUGUAGCCCUCAAAACCUGUUAGCCAUAUCGAGAGAAUCUUUGUGCCAUCAUUUUCAGCCAGUCAUGCUUGUAGCCUGUUUCAAGGCAAGCCAUCGGUUGUUUUUUGAGUGAAGGGUGGAGAAGAGCACAAGCUCGGUUUGUCCGCAUGUUUACACGGUCCCUCACUGUCUAGAAGGGAAGCCAGACAGCAGAUAGUCAAUGCUUCUUAUCCACUAGGUCCCACCAUGAUCAUGCUCAUGCUCAUGACUACCUUAAAGUUGUUUGAGAAGCGGAUUACCUUAAAGUGGACUGCCCAAUCAAGGUUUAUUUCCUUUUCUUCCUCUUGUCAUUUGUAAAAGCAUAUCGUGCAUCUUGGCAUAAUCUGCAAUCUUCCGUUUGAAAGUUGCACACGCGCCAUUUCUUUACCAAACCACUGAUCACCUUCAGCUAUUUCGAUUUCAAGGUAUGUAGAGUUGUGUGAGCAUUUCAAUAGAGGUAGAAGACAAAUGGACAAUGCAUGUCCUUUUAUUGCCAAACUUACAAGAGACCUAUGUUUACAUUUGCUGGCUCCUGUUUUAUUUGUGUAGAACAGUACAUUGUAAAGGAGAACUGAUCCAUUUUGUACAAUUUCUUAUAUGAAGUCUGUGUACUUCUAACAUGUACGAAUGAUUCAAUAAAUGCUGCAUGCAGCCAGAAAUAAUGA